CAGUAAGCAACCUUUAAUACGUAACAACGGCAAAGCGCACUCUAAUAAAAUAUGGAGCAACUAAAGUCUAAAAUUGCCGUUGUAACUGGUGCGAGUUCCGGGAUCGGUGCAUCCAUUGUAAGAGAAUUAUUGUCGGCCGAAUUAAUUGUUGUUGGGCUGGCUCGACGUGUCGAACGUGUCAAUGAAUUGAAAUUAAGCCUUUCGCAGGAUCAACAGGCGCGACUGCACGCCAUUAAAUGUGAUGUUUCCAAUGCCAUUGAAGUGGCUGAAGCAUUUGCGGUAAUUGCUGAGAAUUAUGGUCCAGUACAUGUACUCAUAAACAACGCUGGUUGCUUGCGCACGGGACAGUUGUGUACGAUGCCCAGCGAGCAAGUGCAGGAGGUGUUGCUGACAAAUGUUAUGGGCGUGAUCAAUUGUACGCAUCAUGCUUAUGCUGCAAUGAUAUCGGACAACGGCGAUGGUCAUGUGAUUUUAAUUAACAGCAUUUUGGGACACAAAGUACCAGCCAUACCGGGCCAUUUACCGGAGUUGAAUGUAUAUCCUGCCACAAAAUAUGCGUUGACUGCAAUCAACGAAAUUUAUCGGCAAGAGUUUACGGCCCUCGGUACCAGAAUUAAAGUCACAUCUCUUAGUCCAGGUAUUGUCAAUACUGAGCUAAUAUCAGAGGAACAAAAGAGUAUAUGUGGCGAUAUCAUACUACAACCGGAUGAUAUAGCAAAAGCUGUGAUGUUUAUUCUUUCGACUCCAAAACAUGCACAAAUUUACGAAUUAACUAUUAAACCUACAGGAGAUAUAAUAUAAAAAUAAUAAAUAAAAAUUUCUUGAGAUUUUUUUAAACACACAUAUAUUAUUAUUGUUUUUAAAAUAAGAUUUUACGAAUAGUUGAACAUUAUAGAGUUAAUAUAUUGUAAAUGCUAGCAUUAAGUAAAAUAAAUAUU